GUAUCUCGUGGAUAGUCGCUGGUUCAAACAGUGGAAAAAAUAUGUUGGUUUUGACAGCUGGGACAAAUACCAGAUGGGAGAUCAGAAUGUGUACCCUGGUCCUAUCGAUAAUUCUGGACUUCUCAAAGAUGGUGAUUCUCAGUCUCUCAAGGAACAUCUCAUUGAUGAGCUGGACUACAUCCUUUUGCCAACUGAAGGCUGGAAUAGGCUAGUUAGCUGGUACACACUGAUGGAAGGUCAAGAGCCAAUAGCACGCAAGGUUGUUGAACAGGGUAUGUUUGUAAAGCACUGCAAAGUAGAAGUAUAUCUAACAGAAUUAAAGCUUUGUGAAAAUGGAAAUAUGAACAAUGUUGUCACACGAAGAUUUAGUAAAGCUGAUACAAUAGAUACAAUUGAAAAAGAGAUAAGAAAAAUCUUCAAUAUUCCAGGUGAAAAAGAGACCAGAUUGUGGAACAAAUAUAUGAGUAAUACUUUUGAACCUUUGAAUAAGCCAGACAGUACCAUACAGGAUGCUGGUUUAUACCAGGGACAGGUACUGGUGAUAGAACAGAAGAAUGAGGAUGGAACAUGGCCAAGAGGUCCUUCGACUCCUAAGUCGCCAGGUGCAUCCAAUUUUUCAACUUUACCAAAGAUCUCUCCAUCUCUAUCAAAUAAUUAUAAUAACAUGAACAACAGAAA